GAAGAUUCAGAAGACGGCGACCUGGAGGACAACAGCGCCCCCAGGACUGGCCAGGAGGCGCGAUCGGCUCUCCAAUACUUUCACGCUUCCAAAGCGGUUUCCCACAACCAAAGAGUGACUCCUUCCUCUAAGCCUCUGCCGGUUCUCGGCGCCCAGCGGAAUCCCCAGGGAAAGGACCAAGCGGGGAAGGAAGCCCCCAACGUCCUCUUUUCCGGGGCUCCAACUGGGAGACAGGCGUGGAGACUGGAGGAGCAGCACAAGCAGGUGAUGGCCUGUCUUUGACCGCCUCCGCGCCAAAUCGCCUCGCCAUGCCUGUCAGCUUGGCCAACCAGCAGGCCACGGUAGCCGUGGCGGCGGCCACCAGGACGGCCACCUUGGAACAGUUGAAGGAACGGCUGGAAUCCGGAGAGCCGGCGGAGAAGAUGGCACGGAUGACGGAGGAAGAGCAGCGCUUCGUCCAGCAGGCCCUUCAGAGGAACCUCUUCAGCAUGGCCCGACAGCUGCCCAUGAAGAUUAAGAUCAACGGCCGAGAAGAUAAAUCAGAUGCAGCAGCUGCAUCCGCAGCAUUAAACUGGACUCCUUCUGGCUUCGGCAGCAUCAAUAUGUCAGUGGAAAUCAACGGCACAAUCUAUGCUGGAGUCCUCUUUGCUCAAAAGCCCGUCGUCCACCUCCUUGCCGGCUCCAACGCCCAGAGCACCAGUGGCGGGGCAAGCAGUAGCUCUCCCAGCCCCACCUCCUCCAGAGGCACCCCCAGCACCGCCGAACCCUCCACCAGCUGGUCUCUUUGAGGGUCUCGGCGGGGCUCGCUCUCCAGCCUCGAGCGGCUCCUCUGUCCCCAGGAGAAGUCCCGUCCUCCCCCCGUCGACCUGGCCCUGAGGAGCUCCUCCUGUCCCCCGGGCCCAGAGCCGCACACGGAGAGGAGAGGAGGCGCCGUCUCUGCGCUGGCGAGUCUCCCCUCCGGAUGGACCUCGCUGGCUUUUUAAGCCUUUUCUUUCAGGUCUUGCUGUGUCCUCAGUGAAGAUGAGGGGUGGGUGGGGAGGGGAGGGGAGGGGAAGGGGACACGAGGCGUGUUUCAAUCAGGGAUUCUCUGGAGAGGCAAAGCGUUUUUGUAGAUGACUGAGCAUUGCCAGGGUUAGAGUGGCGAAAGAAAGACCCUGAUAAAAAUACCUGGGGUUUUCCCCCCCAACUUUGGAAGCCUAAAGGGGGUGCUUUCUUUCCCUUUCUUUCUUUCUUUCUUUCUUUCUUUCUUUCUUUCUUUGCCAUUGAAGUCUCAAAGGUCAAG